CGUACAGUAAUACAACAUCAUGAUUGAGGUUGAUGUGUUUUUAAAAUAUAAAACGCAAUCUACCCAGUAAGUAAAGACAGUAUGGUAUGGAAAGUUUAACCAACGUAAUAUCGAUCUUUACAAUUGUUGGCCUUAUUACCUUUGGACCAAGGCUCUCUAUUAGCAAUGAUGCUUCUACAUAUGAUAUGUCAGAAUAUUGUGGCAAGGUCUUACAGAUACCAGAAGAUGGGAGGAUAUUCAUGUACACGAAUGAACAGUUCAUGUGCCCUUACAUCUGUAGAACCAUCCUAAAAGCGGAAGAAAAUCGAGUUAUCGAACUACAUGUGUUAAAUAUCAGCAUGGAUAUGUUCGGUAGCGUUUGCCAACACGAACUUGAUGUCCAUCUCCAGGUUGAAUCGAGUGACGUCAUUGACUUACCAGAGCAAGACGCGCCAGGAUUCAUUGCAGAUUCGGCUUCUCAAUCGAUUAGACUGUGCGGGUCACAAACACCACCUUUGCUAUGGUCUGUUGGGCAGUUUGUCAUGUUGGAAGUAUCUUGUUCGGCUAUUUGGACAAAGGGAUCCGGGUUUCUGAUUGAAUUUAGACAGGUUCAUCUAGACCAUAUCAUGUCCAUCGUUGGUGAAAAUUGCACCAAUCAGACCAACAUGUUUCCAUGUGAGAAUGGCAACUGUAUUCCAGAUACAAUGAUAUGUAAUGGCGUCGAUAACUGCAAGGAUGCGUCUGACGAAUCAUUCAAAACAUGUCAAAUGAGUGAACGAUGUACGUUACCCGACUGGUACUGCUGUGCAGGCGAAGGUGAAGAAACAUACAUAGAAUCCUCCAAGCUUUGUGAUGGUUAUAUUGACUGCGAAGAUGGCUCGGACGAGGACUCAUUUCACGCUGGCUGCAACGAUACGGACCUGCCUCUGUGUACUCGUCGCUCCCAUUUCAGAUGUAAGAAUGGGGCCUGCGUUGAUGGUCAGAGCUUGUGCAAUAACAUCACAUUUUGCAAUGAUGGCUCUGAUGAAAAUCUAGAUGCAAUGGAGGACAUUAUAUGCACAUCCACGGGGUGUAGGCCAGGGUAUUCUGCCUGUUACGAUGGAAAGACAUGCAUCCGUAGUUACAGUCUUUGUGAUGGAGUAGAAGAUUGUCCAGAUAGGAGUGAUGAAGACGUUGAAAGAUGUAAAACUACACGUACUGAGAAUGCCUUCCACUUUAUUAUUGGUCUCAUCAUCACAGGAACUGGCAUCAUUGUCAUAUGUAUCAUUCUUGCUUGCUGUUGUUGCAAGAGUUCCAACUGUUUGAGAUGUCAUAAAACACAGACUCCAGACACUGAGGAAACGCAAACUAGUCUCCCAGAAGAAGAAAUUGCUGCUAACCUUCCGCGAUUACCACGAUACGACGAGCCUGUUUCAGCUCAAAACAUGCCUCCUUCCUAUGAUAACAUUGCGUUCAACAACGGCCAAACACAAUCGGAUACUUACACAGAAAUUGUGCUUCGUGUUCGUACACAUUCAAAUGGACAGGGUAACUCUACUGACGUCAAUGCAGUGGUCAGAACAGACUCAGGUUUACCAGGAGGAGAAAUGGACUCUAAUAUGGAUUGUCGUGUGAGAAACUGUCCACCACCUAUGUACAACAGGGUUUAUGAUGACAAUGUAAACGAGCAAGGUGCCGCCAAUGGCAAUAAUGAACAUAUAGAACUACCACCACCAUACCAACAUAAUCAAACCUUAGAUGAGCAUAUUCCACUGGAUAGCACUACAAACGAGAGCCGUUCAGAAAAUAUUCAAUGUCACACUUCGUAUGACUCAAAUGAUAAUGGAAAUGUAUCCUAUGAUAAUAGGGGCUCACAUCGAAAUGAUGUGAGUUUUACUGAUCAAGCAGAAACACUACGACAACUAAUUCUUCAGAGGAUGAAUCGGCCAAUAACGACCAUCCCUUUGAGUAGACGUGAUGAUACCGUCGAUGAGGAGGAAUCAUAUAAUGAUAUACUUGAGGAUAUUGGAGUUGACUUCACACCAGAGGCUUCCUCAUCCCCUAAACCCUGUGACAGAAAUCCGAUUAAUUCCAAUGAAAGCAAUAUUGCUGAAACGUCUGACAUAUCGUUAAUGUGUGGUGCAACGCAAAAUGAGACAAUUGAAUCAAGGGAGAUCAUGAUAACUUCGAACCACGGAGACGCUAAUUUCAAUGGCUCUUAUAUAACACUUGGGUCAUCUACAAUCGAUGAAUCAACUGAUUAUGAAGGACAUGAAAGUAGUUCAAACCACAAUCCAAGCAUUGCUCCCAAGAGACAACGAUCUAUACUUAAAAGACCCGCAACUGAAGAUGAUCGGGAUUCCUACUAUGAUGAUAAACAAACAGCUGAUGUUCAUGAUGGUCUGUUAACUGAUGACCAAGCUGCUGAGGUUUUGGAAGUACCAAUGACUGACAAUUCUUUGCAGCGACAUUUGUCCUUAGAUAGUCCAUUCAACUGUUUUGAAGUAGGACGAUUUUGACAACUGUGUAGAUAAUUUUUAUUAGUAUAGAUAUGAUUUAUUUUUCUUAUCUAGUCUCAAUUUACAAUCUGUUAUAAGGUGUAUGUUUUACAUUAAUAUAUUGAUAUAUUUGUUUACUUGAAAAAUUAUCGUCGAGAAUCUGUCCAAUUGCAUGCUUCGUUUAUUUUGGUAAUUAACUUGCAUUCUGCAAACCAGUCAAAUCACGCCAGGUGGUCGGUAAAUGGGACGAAGGGGGGGGGGGGCAAUUUCUGCUAAAAAAUUCAAAAAAUCUUGG